CGCAGGGGAAGGGCGGGUGAGCCGGGAGCGGCGCGGGGCGCUCAGGCCGGCCGGCGGCUAUGGAGGCGGGGGCGGGCUGUUCGGGCGCGCUGCCGGCGGGGUCGGGGGGCCCGCGCCCCCACCUGGCCGCUCUGGUGCUGGCCCGCGGCGGCAGCAAGGGGAUCCCGCUGAAGAACAUCAAGCUGCUGGCGGGGGUGCCGCUCAUCGGCUGGGUGCUGCGCGCCGCCAGCGAUGCCGGCGUCUUCCAUAGUGUAUGGGUUUCUACAGACCACGAUGAAAUUGAGAAGGUUGCAAAGCAGUUUGGCGCUCAAGUUCAUCGCAGAAGCCCUGAAGUUUCUCAAGACUCCUCAACUUCUCUAGAAGCUAUCAGAGAGUUUCUUAAUCAUCAUCAUGAGGUUGAUAUUGUAGGAAAUAUUCAAGCAACAUCGCCCUGUUUACAUCCCAGUGAUCUUAUAAAAGUGGCAGAUCUGAUCCAGAAGGAGGGGUUUGAUUCUGUCUUCUCUGUUGUGAGACGCCAUCAAUUUAGAUGGAGCGAGGUAAAAAAAGGAGAAAACAAGAUGACAGAGCCACAAAACCUGAAUCCAGCAAAACGAUACCGGAGGCAAGAUUGGCCUGGGGAGCUGUAUGAAAAUGGUUCAUUUUAUUUUGCCAAGAGGCAUUUGAUUGAGAAAGGCUACCUGCAGGGUGGUAAAAUGGCCUACUAUGAAAUGCGUGCAGAGCACAGCGUGGAUAUUGAUAUAGACAUUGACUGGCCUAUUGCAGAGCAGAGAGUAUUGAGCUUUGGAUAUUUUGGCAAAGAGCCAUUAAAAGAGGUGAAGCUAUUGGUUUGCAGUAUUGAUGGAUGCCUGACAAAUGGUCGCAUUUAUGUGACAGAAGAUCAGAAGGAAAUGGUCUCCUACGAUUAUAGAGAUCUUGUUGGUAUCGAUCUAUUAAAGAAAAGAGGAAUCCAGGUACGCCUCAUCUCUGAUAGAGAUUGUUCAAAAACGCUGUCAGCCAUGCAGCUGGGAUGUGUAGCAAAAGUUAGUGCAACAAAUAAAUUGCAAGUGCUGGAGGACUGGCAAAAAGACAUAGGUUUGAGCUGGAAAGAAGUUGCUUACUUAGGAAAUGAAGAGUCUGAUGUGGAAUGCCUGAAGAAAGCUGGCGUGAGUGGUGUGCCUGCUGAUGCUUGUGCAGUUGCUCAGAAGGCUGCUGGUUAUAUUUGUAAAAGCAGUGGUGGCUGCGGAGCUAUCCGGGAGUUUGCAGAGCACAUAUUCCUGUUGUUAGAAAAAGCGAACUCUGCAAGAAAGCAAAUGGAAGAAAUGAGUUCAGCAGGAAAGAAAACGGAGGGAAAUGAGAACAGCAGGAGAGGAAAUAAGGAACUAAUGAAAAAAGUGUAACAUGUUUGGUCUGUCCUGCUUUUCUUCUCCUCUUCCUCAGUAAGUCUGUAUCCCAAAGGAUAGCUUAUCUUUCAAGUUGCAGUAGAGUUAAAAAGAUGUUUUCCUCUAAUGUCAUGCCCCACUUUGAUUAAGUGCUGAUAGUCAUGAUUGUAUGCUGGUAAUCAUGAUCAUAUUCAUGAUUAUUUUAAAAGCCAUUUAAGCACAAUGGAAGGAAUGCUACAAAAGGUAGUGUCCUGUAAGUCUACUCUUAAUCAUUACACCUGUCCUACAGGAAUGAUGUGUCUUUAUUUCAUAAUCUGAAUAUUUUCAGGGAACAAUAAUUUUGCAUGACUUGGGGAUUUGUAAUUCAUGCUUUCAAAAAAAUACUCUUGUCAGUUUUGCCUAUCAAAAAAAAUCAAAGAUUUCCUCCAUCAAAUGUCAACAUGAUUCUGUAGUUGUGUGCUCGCUUUUUACAGGAUUUGUCCCUAGUAAGGAAGAGUUUUAGCAUAUGCUGGAGAGGUCAGUUAUUUUACAAUAACUGUCAAACUUCUUCCUGUAUUUUUAAAAGACAGCACAGUUACUGUAAAACCAGUUAAUAUUAAUAGUAGUUAAGAAAAGCACUAAAGUUUGUGUUCAAUUUUAAGCUCAUAAAUAAUUAAAUGGCAUUUGGAAUUGUGCCUCUUAUCUUUGAAUCUGUUUAUAAUGUGGUUUAAUGAAAUGCUUAAAUUAACAUACCCAAAUGCUUUGCUAAAUUUGAGAUAUUUACUUUGCAGAAACUCGGUUUCUUUCUAUGAAAGCUUUAUUACAACCACUAAUAAGUUAAAAAAAAAAUAAAUAAAAUCUUUCAUGUUUAUUGUAUGGAAAAGUAACUGCUGUUUUUAAAAAAACCAAAAUGUAGUUGUUGAUUGUGAGUUUAUAUAAAAUAUAUAUUCAAACUAUUUUUAGCAUCUUAAUUUAAAGCUGGUGUACAUGUGUGUUUGUGUUUAUGGCAAAUACAAUUUUUACUGUGUCUUGAUUUAAAGAACUCAGUAUCUGUAAAAAUUUUUAAAACUGACACUAAAAAUAUGCAUCAGUUCUCAAUUGUAGUGUUUAUCAGUGAGUCAAGUUCUGCCUUGGGUUAUGCUAAAAAUAAAAAUUACCUAUGGUACACAGGCAAUUAGUACAGAGUUGAAUAAUAAUGGAUUGUCAUUUUAUUUUGUUUCUCUGGUAAACAGACACUCCCAAUAGAGUAUCACCUGGUAUAUUGCCCUCUGAUUAACUUUUUAUUUACUUCUGUGGUACACAGGCAAUUAUGACCGAGGCGAACAAUAAUGACUUGUCAUUUUAUUUUUAUUUCUCUCCUAAAUAGACACUCCCAAUGUAGUACCACCUGAUAUAUUGCUUUAUAACUUUGUGUUUACUUCCUCUUACAAAGCGAAAUUUUAAACUGAAAUUCUUUUACCACCUAUCUACAGUAGUAAGGUUAACGGAUGCAUAAUUUCCUGUAGUAAUCAGCUCUCAGUUAUCAUUUAAGUAUUUCCUUUCAGUGAGGUUUUAGGGUUCUGUGCUGGGUAAAUCUCAUGGACUUUGGUAACACGAGAGCCGCAUUUUGGACAGAACUACAGACUUUGGUAUAAGUAGAUGAAUUAUUUUAGUUGUAUAGACUACGUGGUAAAGCUUCAGAAGUCCAGAUUGGAUGAACAGUUCAGGUUUGAUGAUGUCAUAUAGAACUGGCCAAGUUUUUGGUUACUUCACCUCAUCAUCAAGUAACUUGCUGACUUUGAUUUCAGGAACAGUUUCCCGUGAGUAGAUAACUUUAAACAAGUUGACUGUGAUGAACUUGAUUCCCAUUCCGCUUUUUCUAACGAGAAAGCAAAAAUAUGAAUAAGUGCAAUUUUAAUAGAAGUAAGAGUUGGCAGCACUGUUUAUAGCUUACUGCUUGAAUCAAGAACUCUUCUAAUUUUUCAUCUGCUUGAUGAAUGUGCUGCAUAUACAUUGGAUCUCUACCCAAAAUUUCUACAUGUAUCAAAAAUAAAUGCAGAAGCACUUUUGUGAGCGUUGGUAAUGAACAGAAAGAAAUGGUAGCUGAUAUGUAAGUGUUUUCCCUUUGACAAGUUCUUGUUUAGAAAAAUGUGGUAUAAUCUUGCAUUGGGCCUAUAGGAAGAAUAUGAAGGAUAAAAGAGCUCUAGAGACUAUUUACAAAAUAAAGCCUGUUUGAGAAUAUGGGAGAUGCGUGAUCCACUGCCUGAAAGGUUCAGAUUUGUAUUGCCCAAAGGGCAACAGAGAGCCUAACUAUAAACUAGAGUAGGAUGAGGGAUGUCUUGAUUACUCCCCUUGAUUUUAUAUAAGAUCCUCAAUCAUUUGAAGGAUUUGGAGGUCACAGAGGCAGAGAUAGUGAAGAUCACUAACAGUCAUCUUAAAAGGGAAAUCCCAGGUCCCAGGCAGGCUUCAAAAAUGUAGUAUCUCUUGCCAAUGCCUGUUGUUUCAGUACAUAUCCUUACACCAUGAUUGCCUUUCAUUAGUGUUGUGUAGUUCACUCAGAGUAGGUUUCAGUGGUCUUUUUUGUUACACUGGGCUAACUUUGGAAUAAUCUCUUUUGGUCACCUGAGCACCUAUUUUUUCACUUAAAACUGCCAGGUGUACUCCAAAAAAGAUACUAGAUAAUGUGGGCUGGUGUAUCAUGAUUUUGUGAAACUGAAAGAAGUAAACUAUGUAAUAAUUUUUAAUAAGCUAUUAUGGAAAAUAGCUGAUUGCCUGAAAUUUGAAAUAAAGUUUUCUUUAGUCUUUUGAGUAGAGAAUGCUUAUGGGGUGACUUACGAUGAAUUUGUAUACUGCAAAUC